UCUCAAACUGACAUAGCCUUAAGACCUCAGAACUCAGACCUCUCCUUCCAUUUGUGUGUUCAUACGAGCAUGACAAUGGAUUGGAUAAUACCCCUUUCAUUCUACUUAUCAGUGCCUCAAGGUGCUUUGGCUUUUAACAUUGACCCAGUUGCUUGGAAGUAUGUCAGCGAACCUGCUGCUGGGUUUGGAUACAAGGUGGUACAGAAUAACCCAUCAAGCUUGCUUAUAAGUGCCCCCCUGGAUCAGUAUAAGCAAAAUAGGAGGGGACAAGUUUACCGAUGUCUGGUCAGAGAUUCAUCUUGCAUACCAUUGUCAAUACGAGAGCCCAGUCAUGGGAUCAAUAUGUCUCUUGGUUUGUCAAUGACAAAGGAUCCCGAGUCACUAAACACCAUGGUAUGCGGACCAACCAUCCCAAGAGAGUGCAAAUCCAUCACCACCUACAAUGGGAUGUGCUUUGAAAUUGACCAAAGUCUUAAUGUGAAACAACCUGUCCCUUCAUCUCUGGAAGAAUGUCCUGGACAAACAGACAUAGCCUUUCUAUUGGAUGGGUCAGGAAGUGUUAACAAAUUUGAUUUUGAAAAAAUGAAAGACUUCGUGAAAGAUCUGAUCAGGGAAUUUCUGGAAAGGGAUACAAAGUUUGCAGUUGCCCAGUAUUCAGGCUAUUGCACUAUACAUUUUGAUUUAAAUACGUUUAAUGUCAUGAAUCGGGAUUAUCAAGUGAAUAGUAUUGCUCAACAAGGUGGAGGGACUUACACGGCAGCAUCCAUGAUAAAAGUUGUCCAAGAGGUCUUUUCAACGAGUAGAGGAUCCAGACCAAAGGCAAAGAGGAUCAUGAUAGUCAUUACAGAUGGACAAUCACAUGACAGCGGGCUGCUGAAAAAUGCAGCCUCUGAGGCUGAAGCCAAAAACAUUAUUCGAUUUGCCAUUGGGGUAGGCAGAGCCUUUUCUUCGACCUCAGCAAGAACGGAGUUAGAAACAAUUGCCUCCUCUCCACCAAGCAACCACAUGUUUCAAGUGGACAGCUUCCAAGCACUUGGCCAAAUCAGGGAUACAUUACAGAACAGCAUUUUUCCUAUUGAAGGAUCUCAGACUACUGGGGAAUCUAUUAAGAUGGAAAUGGCCCAGGAGGGAUUCAGUUCAGCAUACAUUCCUAGGAGAGGAUUCCAGAUGGGAGCUGUUGGAGCCUUCCAAUGGAGCGGGGCUUACCAGGAAUACACAGGGAGCACUUUCUACCCUACACCACAACAGAGUCAGAACAUGGAACCAGAUAGCUAUAUGGGGUACUCCAUGGCAGUUGCUACGACACACACUCGCCAGUUUACCAUUUUAGGUGCUCCAAGAUUUAAACACACUGGACGAGUGGUGGUUCUUCCGUCCAGAAACACAGACAAGCCGAUAGAAUUUUCUGGACAGAUUGGCGCUUAUUUUGGUGCAGAGGUCUGUGCAAUGGAUGUGAAUAAAGACUCAUAUAGCGACCUAGUCCUCAUAUCAGCUCCGAUGUUCACGGACAGAGACAGAGAGGGCAGGGUAUAUGUCUGUACCAUCAAUGACAGGUCUGGGGUGGCCUGUCAAUUAAAUGCUGAGAUGACACUGGUGGGGGAUGCAGGACAAAUGGGCAGGUUUGGAACUUCUCUUGCCCCACUGCCUGACCUGAAUAAGGAUGGAUUUAAUGAUUUAGCAGUCGGAGCACCUUUAGAGAACGAUGGUCAAGGAAGUGUCUACAUAUUCCAUGGGACGAGUAGUGGAAUCAACAAAAUCAAAUCUCAGAAAAUUUCAGCCUCAGAUGUACAGUCUGGAUUAAAGUAUUUUGGACUGUCCAUCAGUCAGACUUCCCUGGACAUGAGUUUGGAUUCUCUCCCAGAUUUGGCCGUGGGAUCAAAGGGGGCUGUUCUCUUACUCAGGUCCAGGCCUAUAGUAACAUUGAUGGCACGAGUUUUCUUCAACCCACCCAAAAUCCCCACCAACCAGGUGGACUGCAGUACACCUCUGAGAAACAUUGCUAAAGUCUGUUUCACCAUGACCAGACAAACAACAGACACAAAAGAUCUUCAAGCAAAGAUUAACUAUACUUUAACUCUGGAUGUGACCCGCCAAGCUCCAAACUAUCGUGCUUAUAUCCUUCCAAAGAUACGGGAGGAAACGAACACUUUUACAUUAAGACUUCAAGAGCAAUGCUUCUCUCAUAACUUCUUUAUUGAGGCUUGCCCAGAGGACUCCCUCAAUGAACUGUCCAAUGAACUUGACUUCACAUUUGAAGGGUUGCCAACAUCUCCUGGUGGCCUCAGCUCUAGCCUUUCCCCGCAGUCUCCGACUGCAACAUAUCAUCCUUUAGGUUUUGAGAUCAACUGUGGCGCUGAUAACAACUGCAUUGACAACCUGAAAGUGGAUUUUAAUUUCACUAGGAGUUCAGAGGUGAGGGUUGGCAUAGAUGAGGUGAUAAAUGUGACAGUGUCAGUCGAAAGCAGGGAAGAGAACUCUUACAACAGCCACGUUAUUCUCAAAUACCCUGCAGGACUUUCAUUCAGGAAGUUCACCAUACUCCAGGGAAGAGUGGAGUGUAACUCAUCAGACAGUGUGGGAAAUGUAAUGUGGGGACAAAGUGACUGCACCAUUGACAAGCCAAUCUUCAAAAGCGAUUCUAAGGCUCUCUUAGUAAUUUCCUAUGGGAUUGAUAGAAACACUCAAUUUGGCCAAAUGAUGACAUUCACUGCAAAUGCCUCAAGUGGAAAUGCACACUCGCCAAAGAGUGAACUUUCCAAAGUGAAAGAGAUUGGUGUGAAAUACAGCAUUUUUGUUGUGAUUAAAAGAAAUGAGGAUUCAACCAGUUAUGUUAAUUUCACUGCCGGGAAAAAUGAUUUGCAGAAACAUGUGAAACAAUCCUUUGAGGUUGAAAAUUAUGAAAGAGGCUUCAAUCUUACUGUGAUAAUCAAGGUGCCAAUGAAGCUUGGUGACAAAGACAUCUGGGCUGAUCCAAAUGGUAUACAGAUUCAAGGUUGUCAAAGACACAAGAAUGAGGAACCUACUGCCACAGACUUUGUGGACCAGCUGCAGAAAAAUCAUGCUGUGGACUGCUCUGUCGCAAAUUGUGGGGUGUUCAUGUGCAAAAGCUUCAUUCGAAAUUUGGAUCGUAACUCUUAUAACAUCACUGGUAACCUCAGCUCUCAAUGGAUAGAACAGAUUGGUCUUGAGUCUGCCCAGUUCAACUUGGUCAGCAGUGCCACUGUAGAUUAUGACAGAAACCAAUACAUCUAUUAUUCUUCGGACUCCAAAAAUAACCCACCUAUACAAAAGAUUGAAACUCAGGUGGAGGUGUAUCCUGAGGUUAACUUCACAAAGGGGGUCAUUGGAGGUGUUGUGGGAGGUCUGCUGCUGUUAGCUUUGAUCACAGCUGGGCUUUAUAAGGCUGGGUUUUUCAAAAGCCAGUUGAAGGAGAUGAUGCAGAAUACAACAGAAGAUGGACCAGGGGGUGAUGGAGAAGCUGCCUCGCCUGAAUAACAGCAAACAAUUGGACUUGCUCACUGAAUGUGUACAAAUAUUAAAGAGGAAGUUCAGGAUUUUACAACUUCAUGUUAGAUGGUUCCUCACCGAAAAAGUAGUCUAUGGGUCAGGAAAAUCAGUAAAUCAUGGUUCGGUUUUCUUUAAAUCUACUACAAACUUCAGCUAACUUGAGCCACUGCUAACAAAAAAACGAUGCUCGUGAUAGAUGCAAUCGUGCAAUUUAGAAAUGUUAUCGGCCAAAUCAACUACAUAGUUGGUUUUUCGUUACUUAAUAAACUUUUAUUAUAAUUUAUAUUUAAUUUACUUUUAUUAUUAAUUUAUCUUUACCCCCUUACUUCCCUAAAUGAAAAAAUACACCAUGGCCUUUUAACUAGAUAAUAACUAGCUACCAUGCACAUAACUAGCUAAGAGCUAGUUAUUAAUUUGCUCCACAAAUGAUUCUCAUAAAACAAUCAUCUUUACAUCUCCCCUUCCCCCCAAAAAGAUAACAUUUGGCCAAGACAACAUACGACUUUAUUUACAUAUGCAUGGAAAAUACAAUUAGUUUUAUAUGUAUAAUAUUAUAAUAUCCAUUACAUAAAUAUAUAAUAUGGCUAGAUUUAAUAGUUGUUUAAUAGUUUAAUAGUUGUUUUCAGAUAGUGUGAAUGAAUAAAACAAUACAAUUAUAAUUCAAACACCUCUUUUUUAUUAGAAAACCCAAAUAUUCCUGAUAUUAGUAUAAGAGUAUUACCGUUGUCGUACAGUGUUUCAAUAUGGCAACAUACAGUUAAAUAAAACUUUAAAAUAUAUUUUUUCAAACACUGUUCUACAUUUGUUUAUUUGAGGCCAUUUGAAGUGAUAAAAUGGAAGUGAUAGGGGGCAUGGUUCUAUGAUAAUGCGUGCAGUAAAGGGUGAUUUGGCCAUUGUAAAUCAUUUGCACAAUUUCCACUAUCAUUUCCAUUGAUUGUUAGCUAACAGUGGCUAAAGUUAGCUGAAGUUUAGUGUGU